GAGCGAAGACGCGCGGCUUCUCAUUCGUGCGUAAACGUGGUGCCUAGCACCACGCUGGUUGUGGAUUUAUUAUCAUUUUAUUUUCAUCAAUAAACUGGUCGCAUGGCCAAAUUAUAAUAUUUAUACUGAAAAAGUGUGAAAAUCAACUGUGAACAAUGAGUGGGGAACAUGUUAAUCCGGCUUUCGACCUGUCACCAGAGACUCCGCAGACGAAGCUCGGCUCUCCAGAGCCAAAAAGGACAAAAGAUGCACAGAUACCUGUUCUUAAAGUUCCCUUGGGAGAUGAAAAGAAAGGUGAAAAAGUGGAAGAAGACCAGCCAGACCGUAUGAUGUGGGGGAACCAACUUGAAUUCUUGAUGUCAUGUAUAGCCACCUCUGUCGGUCUCGGCAACGUGUGGCGGUUUCCUUUCGUCGCCUAUCAAAAUGGAGGAGGAGCUUUCAUCAUACCAUACAUCAUUGUCCUGUUACUAGUGGGCAAACCUAUGUACUACCUCGAAGGAGUAAUAGGACAGUUUAGUUCAAGAAACUCCGUCAAAGUGUGGGCUUUGGCUCCUGCCAUGAAAGGAACCGGCUACGCUCAAGCAUUGGGUUGCGGCUACAUUCUCUCGUACUACGUGUCAAUCGUAGCUCUAUGUUUGUAUUAUCUUGCGAUGAGCUUCCAAGCUGAGCUGCCAUGGGGAGUGUGCGCUGAAGAAUGGGACAACUGCGUGCCUUCCGUCGUCACCGCCGAGGAUAUGGACAUUAACGAGAACUCUACCAGCAGCGCUGAAUUAUACUUCGUAAAAACGGUUCUUCAACAAAGAGACGGCGUUGAAGGUGGGCUUGGUGCUCCUAUCUGGUACCUGACGCUGUGCCUGUUCGUGUCCUGGCUGAUCAUCUUCGGCAUCGUGGCGAGAGGAGUCAAGAGCUCCGGCAAGGCCGCCUACUUCCUCGCUCUCUUCCCCUACGUCGUCAUGAUUGUUUUGCUUAUCACUACAUCAAUCCUACCGGGUGCUGGUGACGGCAUCAUAUUUUUCCUUAGGCCGGAUUGGUCCAAACUGGUUGAACUCGAUGUAUGGUAUGCGGCUGUAACCCAAGUGUUCUUCUCACUGUCUGUGUGUACCGGAGCUAUCAUCAUGUUUUCCUCGUAUAACAGCUUCAGGUCCAACGUUUACAGGGAUGCGAUGAUCGUGACGACCCUGGACACGUUCACGAGCUUAUUGUCCGGCAUCACCAUCUUCGGCAUCCUGGGCAACCUGGCGCACAACCUGAAGCGGCCCGUGAGCCAGGUGGUCGGCUCCGGAGGCACGUCUCUCGCGUUCGUCUCAUACCCUGACGCUAUUGCUAAGACUUUCCAGCCGCAGCUGUUCUCAGUGCUGUUCUUCGUGAUGAUGUCGGUGCUGGGCGUGGGCUCGGCGGUGGCGCUGCUUCAGACCAUCAACACGGUGAUGAUCGACUCCUUCCCGCGCGUGCGCGUUGUCUACAUGUCCGCCUUCUGCUGCACCGCCGGCUUCCUUAUCGGGCUCAUCUACGUCACUCCUGGCGGUCAAUACAUCCUUGAGCUGGUCGACCACUAUGGAGGUACCUUCCUCAUCCUGUUCUGCGCCAUUGCUGAAAUCAUCGGCGUCUUCUGGAUAUACGGAUUGGAAAACCUAUGCCUGGACGCGGAGUUCAUGUUGAACAUAAAGACGUCAUUCUACUGGCGGUUCUGCUGGGGUCUCAUCACUCCUGGAAUGAUGAUCGUCGUCUUCAUUUACGCCCUGGUCGCUUCGGAUGAGCCUAAAUUUGCUGACGAGUACGUUUACCCCACCAUCGCCUAUGCGUCUGGAUAUAUGAUGAUGUUUGCUGGUAUCCUCCUGGUUCCGCUCUUCAUGUUCGUCAUCAUACAUAAAAACAAGACUGGCAACGUCUCUAAGACUAUUAAGAAAGCAUUCCACAACAAGCCCUCCUGGGGUCCCCGCUCGCCUGAACUUCAGAGAGAGUGGCACCUGUUCAAGCAAGACGCGAAGGAGGCGCGUUCCCUGAUGCGCACCUCCUGGCCCAAACACAUAUGGCUCAGUCUCACUGGAGGAUACAGGAGACAUAUUGUAUUAACACCUCCAGUAUCGAAAUAGUCUUAAUUUACCUAUAAGCUAAUGCAUGACUUUUCUGUGAUGACUUUAUUGUAUAGGUAAAUAGCCACAUUUGCGGCCUAACAAAAUCACAUGGCCACGUUAAUUGCAUUAAGUAUGCAAUUCUGAACCCAAAUUAUAGAACUAAGCAAUAAUCCUAACCAGUAUUCGUAGCUAUGCGGCAAAGAAUAGGAGAGAGAGAAUUAUUUAUCAAUGUGAUGUGUUGUGACCAACAUAAAAAGGAAGGCUAAAACAAAAAGUAUGUUCUUCAAAUAACCAGACAUUUAAAUACUACAAAACAGAAAUCUUUCUUUAAACUACUGGAUAGAAAUAACAACUUCUACUUAAUGUUCAGUGAUUUUCCGUUGCCAUUUAAAUAUUAAUGUACAAUAGGUAGUUAGACAGUAAUUAAAAUAAGAAAUAAUGGACAAGACAGGCUGUGCGUACCAGUACAUAAUACUAAUACUGUAAUGUAUGUAACUGAAUAUUAAUAAUACGAUGUUUAUAUUUAUUGAUAAAUAAAAAUUAUAAAAAAUA